UCCCUGUUCGAAUUCUUCAAUGAAUGGUACGAUGGCUGCCUCGUCUAAUAGGAUCAUGCUCGGGCCUCUUGUAGCCGCAAUCGACCAGGGCACGAGCUCCACUCGGUUCUUGGUGUUUAAUGCUAAAACUGCGGAGCUGCUUAGUCACCAUCAAGUCGAGAUCCAGCAAAGUUUCCCUAGAGAGGGCUGGGUGGAAGAGGACCCGAAAGAGAUUCUGCAGUCCGUGUACGAGUGCAUGGACCGAACCUGCGAGAAACUGACGCAGCUCAACAUCGAUAUCUCCAACAUCAAAGCCAUUGGUGUGACUAAUCAGCGAGAAACCACGCUGGUCUGGGACAAAGAAACGGGCGAGCCACUGUACAAUGCGGUUGUGUGGCUGGACCUGCGUACACAGUCCACUGUGGAGAGACUCAUCAACAACACGCCAGGCAGGAACAAAAAUCACCUGAAGCACAAGACCGGUCUUCCCAUCAGCACGUACUUCAGUGCCGUGAAGCUGCGCUGGUUAAUGGACAACGUAGAGGAGGUGCACAAGGCCGUGCUUUCACACACAGCCAUGUUCGGGACCAUCGACUCCUGGCUCAUAUGGUGUCUAACUGGAGGAAAGAAGGGAGGUGUCCAUGUAACAGACGUGACCAAUGCAAGCAGGACCAUGCUCUUCAAUAUACACACUAUGGACUGGGAUCCAGACCUCUGCAACUAUUUUGGCAUACCAAUGGAGAUUCUGCCAAAAGUAAGGAGUUCUUCCGAGAUCUACGGUUUAAUGAAAUCUGGUCCCCUCACUGGUGUUCCAAUAUCAGGGUGUCUAGGGGACCAGUCUGCCGCUCUGGUGGGACAGAUGUGUUUUCAGGACGGCCAGGCCAAAAACACUUAUGGGACUGGCUGUUUCCUGCUCAGAAACACAGGAACAAAGCCGGUAAUGUCAGAUCAUGGUCUCUUAACAACAGUAGCGUAUAAACUGGGUCGAGACAAGCCAGCCUGCUAUGCAUUAGAGGGUUCAGUUGCCAUAGCAGGGGCGGUGGUGCGCUGGUUGAAAGAUAACCUCGGGAUUAUACAAAGUUCCACAGAGCUCGAGAAACUGGCCGCUGAUGUUGGAACAUCGUACGGCUGCUACUUCGUCCCCGCGUUUUCAGGUCUCUACGCCCCCUACUGGGAACCGAGCGCCAGAGGAAUCAUCUGUGGUUUAACUCAGUUCACGAACAGGAGUCACUUGGCCUUCGCUGCUCUUGAAGCGGUCUGCUUUCAGACACGAGAGAUCCUGGAUGCGAUGAAUAAGGACAGUGGGAUUCCUCUGACUCAGCUGCAGGUAGACGGAGGCAUGACCUCGAACAGACUCCUCAUGCAGCUCCAGGCUGAUAUUCUCUGCAUUCCAGUCGUGAAGCCGUCCAUGCCGGAGACGACCGCUCUCGGAGCAGCCAUGGCAGCAGGAGCAGCAGAGGGCGUCAGUGUGUGGAGUUUGAAUCCUGAAGACCUCACUGAGGUCACCUCUGAGAAAUUCGAACCCCAGAUCAACCCCGAGGAGAGCGAGUUCCGUUACGCUCGCUGGAAGAAGGCCGUCCAGAGAGCCAUGAACUGGGAGACUACAGAGCCAAUCUGCAAUGGAAACGAGGAAUCUAAUAUCUUCAGUAGUGUUCCGCUGGGCUUUUACAUUCUGGGUAGCAUGUUUAUGUUAAUUGGAGCGAAAUACAUUGCAGGUUACAAGUAAACUUCUUGAAUCCUCUUCGAUGUUGCAUAAUGAGAGAAGAACGUAGGAUUUUAGGUAUGGCCUCUAGUGUCCAGUCGAUAUCAUGCUGUUCAACACUGGGCAAUCCAGCUGUAGCUGCUAAGCUUACAACUUCACUCUCCAGGGACUAUUGGACAACUGAAUCAUCUCUAUGUGACCUCUAAACAAUGAAGGAUGUUUGUUUUUAACUUUUGGUACCUGGUUGCCAUAGCUUGAGGUGUGAGUUGGCGAUUUCUAUGAACAAAACGAACAAAACACUUUUUGAUUUCUGAAGUUGCACUGCACUGUUGUACCCAUGAAGAAACAGCUGGCAGCCUGAACACCUUCAUCUGACUCAAGCUGGUUGCUAUAGCUCCUUGAUCUUCUUUAUGUAGAUUAACUUGUGGCUCAGUCCACAUCUUCAUUAUCAAAUCAUGCAUUAGAAGGUGCCAAUAGUAGGAAUGGUUCAAGAUAUGGGAGCACUAAGGUACAAAUCAUGGCAUGUACUGUAUGAGGAUGUUUUACCUUCAUAGGGUUUUGUAUGGUUGUUCAUUACUGUUCCAUUACUGUGAGAUGCCAAUCCCAAAAUACUGUGGCUCCCAAGGUUGAAAAAGCUCAUACUCAGUCCAAACACAUCUUUUAGUGUUCUACUAGGACGUCAAACAUUUUUAAAAAAUAAUAAUAAAUAAAAAAACACUGGAAUUCAGAAAGUCGGUUCUAAAAAGGACGUCUAGAAAGGAUAGUUGCUAUGUUUUGAAUUUUUGUUAUAUGUUGAGGUCUCUGAGCUUGGGACUGUGCUUUCCCAUAAUGUACUGUGCACAUACAUCACUUUUAAUGCUGAGAAUAUUCACUGAAAGCAGUAAGGUGGUUUGCAAAAAUACCAAUCGAAUCAUUGUGUAAUUAAGUAAUCUAAUGUUAGUUAUGUCAUCUGCGCUAUAUAGCUAGAGGUCUUGUUUGUUUUGUUCCUGGUUAACCUCGAUUGAGAUUUUAAUAAAUAAAAACCAAUUAUAUUUUGGGUUAUUGGCUUAGCUAUCAACUAGGCUUCCAUAGAAUGAAAAAAAACCAACAUCUUGACGUUGUCUUCUUUGUGACGAGGUAUCUGACAAAAUAUGCUUGUAGCUUUAUGCCAUCCAUCCGUUCGUCCAUCUAUUUUCUAUACCGCUUAUCCUACAGGGUCGUGGGGAACCUGGAGCCUGUCCCAGGGGGCAUGGGGCACAAGGCGGGGUACACCCUGGACAGGGUGCCAAUCCAUCGCAGGACACAAUCACACACACAUUCACACACCCAUUCAUACACUAUGGACACUUUAGACAUGCCAAUCAGCCUACCAUGCAUGUCUUUGGACUGGGGGAGGAAACCGGAGUACCCGGAGGAAACCCCCGCAGCACGGGGAGAAAAUGUGUAGUCUGCACACACAGGGCAGUGGCAGGAAUCGAACCCCCGACCCUGAAGGUGUGAGGCAAAUGUGCUCACCGUGCGCCCUGUAGUUUUAUUUUGAACAUCAAAACCAUGUUCAAAAUCUGAUGUAUGGUUAAAUGGUACUGUGUGUUCAGGUACAAAGUUAUAUAUAUUUAAUAUUGCAACGCUCCUUUCAAAACUGAAGCCAUUUGUGCCUCUAGUAAAUUUGGUUAUGCAUGUUCUUAGGACUACAUAAGCCCUUUGUGAAAACUGAUAUAAACCUACAUCUACAUUUUAUAAAGGAUUAUUGCACGUGGUGUCUAGUCAUGUAAGAUUGCGUUUUGAAAAUUUUUUCAGGCUGUCCUGUUGCUGAAAGGAACCAACUAAUGAGACAGAUUGGCAAAAAUAGAUCACUGUAUAUAUUUUCGGGAGAUUACAAGUUCGAAUCCCAACGACGCUACAGCUAUACGGGGCUAGGAACCAAGGGAGCAAACUUGGGAGCUGUGAUCUCUGGGUAAGAGGGAUGAUGUACUCUCUCUUGCUGUCAAUCACAGCAACUUUAGCCAAUCGUGGGUUCUCUGAGCUCAUGUAUGCGGAAGAGGGCAGAUAGCGCUUUCUUCUGAGUGUGUUACGCUGCCUUUUGAGGCAACGUGUGCAGCAGUUUGAAGAGGUGACCCUUCCUGGUUGGUAGCUGUUGUAUGAUCGGGGAGAGCUGGAUGGUGGAUGGAAAUUGGCACGUAACCAAAUUGAGGAGAGAAAAAAUCUACAGAAUCAGCGGUCACGAUGCAUUAACAUAACUGUGCCCUGAAGUGAAAUAACACAACCUUAUGUGUUUUUUUGUCAAAUUGACAAAGCAGUCUUUGUGAUGUAAUAAUAAAGGUUAUGUCAGUUAUCAUAAAGUGCUUAUAAUAGGGGUCAUUUACUUCUAUGAGCACUCUUCUUAAGUAGUGUUAAUGUAAUUGUAAUUAUUUUUCCUUUUGUUUGCGUUUUAAUAACCAUGGUGAUGGUAUUAAUCAUGCCAUUAAAUCUAUUUUUUUUUUCUUUUCUGAUCACCUCUAGUUAACUAUUCCAAUGUGGAGUUAAGUCAUAGUGAUUAAAUUACGUUGUCAUAAAUGAAAAUAUGAAUUCUUCAUUAUCUUUUGAUUACGCAUUAUCGAGGUCAAAAGCCAAUGAACUUAAGAUCGGUUUAUUAGGCACCAUGAUGCUUUGCACUUCGUUUUAUACGGUCAGCCUUUUCACCAACAUACAUUUUUGUAUUUUAUUACAUUUUUUUGUAGAUUUGUAAAAGGGACUUUUUUUUUUUUUUAGACAUUUGUGUUUAACAAGAAUUUAUAAUAUAUUCAUGUGUAUUUUUAUUUAUUUAUUUUUUUAUGCACUUGAAUUGACCCUUACACUGUUUUAGCACUUACCAGUGGCCAGUGUUACUGAGGUAUUUUGUCUCAAAUCAUGCACUUUGUGCACUUUUAGAACAAGUAGCACGUUCAUACUCAGAAAUGAAACAAAUAUACUUGACGUACUAGCAAUUACAACUUUCUCUACACAGUGGAAGGUGGUAUGGUGGUUUUAAAUUUUCUAAAUUGGAGAAUGGCAUGCCACGACAGACCAAAAUGCAAACAAAAAAGUCUAGGUUUAAUAUUUUGGGGUUUUAAAAUUGGUCGUUUCUGUGGAAGCUCUUUUGGUGCAGGUUAACGAUAUGAAGUGAUCUGUCCAUGUGAUGCUUCGCCAUUACUGUUCAACACUUAAACACUUGUUUGAUUUAAGACUUGAUCCUUCAAAAAUAUGGUAUGUAGUACAAGUGCGUAGUGUAUGGUUUAAGAAUAUAGUGCCCCAUGCAGGAUUUGAGACUUUUUUUUAGGGGUUUUCUUUUGUUUGUUUGAUUGUUUUUGUUAUGUUGGAACAAAUGUAUAUUUUGUACAUUUUUGCUUGAAAUUCCCUCAUAUGUAAAAAAUUUUGCUUUUGCUGCACAUUAAAAUGGUGGACUUGGUUAAUA